AACUGAUCUCCAGAGCGACAGCUUGACUCAUGACACACUCAGAAAAAUGACUUAAUGUUCUGAGCGGAAAUGAAAGUCCUGGCUCGCUUGAUCCUUGUGUGCUCUGGACAAGGGGGUGCAUGGGUGAAACAUGGCCGCCUUAGACCCAUCGCAGUCUCCUAAACGACCGAAAACCCCUGUGGACGAGGCGAUAACAUCUGGGCGGGAGUCCGAGUUGGCGGAGUCGGGGUGCAGUUUAAAGCAGACCGGGGACCCGACUUGUGGGAAAGUCGCGGGGAACCCCAACAACGAGUCGAGGGACAUUGUUGUCAGAGACGAUGGCUCCGUUGCCGGCCAUUCGGAGGGUGGUCUCGAGUCCGGUGCCGGAGCAGGCGAGACCCAAUGCGUCUCACCAGAGGUCCUAACAGCGUCUGAAAAAAUGGCCGAGGCCCCCGGGAACGAGCAGCGGGACUUCGACUGGUCCGAGGCUGAAGACGACGCUGGCACGGCAAAAAAGCACGGGGGUGGGAAAGAUAAGUACGACCAUGAUGAUGUUACUGAGACUGCCGAGGAGGCGAUGCCGGACAAGCAUGCCGGUGAUGACGUUGCUCCAGAUGUUGAUAAGGCAGAUGUGGGCAGAGACUCGCGCCCUGACGAUAUGGGGUCGGUGGAGUUGUCGGACAAGUGCCCGGGAGGGGAGGUUGACGGAGGGCGGAAUGUGGUGGAAGAUGCUGAGGAGGCUGACCGGAGCGCCAAACCGAAAAGGUGCCGUUUGGUGUGCAAGGAGUGCGGGAAGAGGUUCAACCGGCGCGAGACCUUCAACCUCCACCGCCACUUCCACGCGCACGAGGACGAGCUCACACCCCUCACCUGCAAGGAGUGCGGCCUUACUUUCCAGCACCGCAGCAGCCUCAUCAAACACAGGAAUGAACACAAAUCCAGGGAGGAGCGGCCUUUGACUCUGAAGAAGGAGCCGCAGGCGGAGGAGGGCGGGUUCCAGUGCGCAGAAUGCCAGCGGACCUUCUCCGCCGUGGGCAGGCUGAGGGACCACAGCUGCAGCGGUGCUGCGGAAAAGCCUUACCACUGCCCCCUCUGCCGCCAGGACUUCCAGUUCAAGGUGUCGGUCACCAAGCACAUGAUGACACAUUCCCGGGAGAGCGCCUUCACCUGCCAGGAGUGCAGCCAAGCCUUCCCCAACGCCAUGGCCCUGCGCCUCCACCAGAGAUGCCACGCGGCUCUCAAACCCUACGAGUGCCCGGAGUGCGGCAUGGUUUUCAAGCACUACUCCGUCAUGGAGGACCACCGCCGCAGGCACACAGACAGCGGGCGCCCCCACCUCUGCAACACCUGCGGGAAGGCUUUCAAGUACAGCAGCCUCCUCCACCAACACCAGUACCUGCACACGGGGCAGAAGCCCUUCCGCUGCCCCGAGUGCAGCAAAACCUUCGCUUUUGCACAGAACAUGAAGGCGCACUGCCGCCAGCACAGGCUGAAGGGAACCGCCCCCCUCAGCGAUGCGUCCAGCAAACCGGCCCCAGUGUCCGCCCAGGAGAAAGAGAACACCAGCCAGAAUGAGGAAACCAAGCGGAUAUUCCACUGCCCCCUGUGUCCCCAGACCUUCUGUGUUCCAGCCAACCUGAGAGCUCACAUGCUUAUCCACGAAGCAGAGUACGAGAAGCUGGAGAGGGCUCCUCAACCUCCCAAGUACUGGGAAAAAGGGCACACCUGUCCGGACUGUCCCAGCGUUUAUCGUGACGAGUCUAGUUUAAAAGUGCACCUUUUAAGCGUGCACAAGUCAACCACGCAAUAUUUAGAAAGGUUUGCACCUAGGCAGCAAUUCACUCCAGUAAUCAGUGACAACGUGCAGGGGAAGUGGAAAAGCGAGAGUGCAGACAUUAAGUCUCACAAGUGUUCCGAGUGUGGGAAAGCCUUCCGCCAUCGCUCGGUGUUAGAGUUGCACAUGCGCAUACAUUCCAAGGACAAGCCUUACCAGUGCAAAGUGUGCGGCAAGGGUUUUAGAUUCAGCAGCUACCUGCAGCAACAUAUCAUCAUCCACACGGGCAAGAAGCCAUACAAAUGCCCCGAGUGUGGGAAGGAGUUUGCCUUCCUGCAGAACAUGAGAACACAUCAGAAGCUGCACCAGGAAAAGCCCUUCCGCUGCACCAGCUGCCGCAAAGGCUACAGUGACGAAACCCAGCUGCAGCACCACAUGCUGUCGCACAAUGGCGACAAGCCCCAUAAGUGUCACCUGUGUGAAAAGAGCUUCGGGCUAGCCUAUCUGCUCCGUGACCACAUGAACACGCACACAGGAGAGAGGCCGCACCGCUGUGACGAGUGCCACAAGACAUUCUCCUGGUUAAGCAGCCUGCUGGUUCACCAGAAAAUCCACGCUCGCAAGAGGCAGCAUUCCAGCCAGUACGGCUCUCUCCCCGCGGGCGCUCGGACGAGAGGCAGGGGGAGGCGGGGUGGGAGGGGAGGGUGGGGCUGGUCUAGACCUGUGGGAGGCACGGGGAUGAUUCCCCAGCAGCCUCUGUACCCACUUUCCCCGCUGAGAGAUGACGAGCUGCACAGGAGGCAGCAACCGUCUUCCGUGCUGGCAUCUGGCUUGGGUUCACAGCGCCGGUCGCAGAAGGAGCCAUGGCUGUCCGAGCUCCGCCCCCAGCCAGUGCAGUGGAAAGUGGACGGGGGAGAGGUGAUGCCAGUCCCCAACCCGCAGCAGCAGGCGCAGGCAGGCCUCCAGCAUCAGAGAGGCUCUGGGUGGGCGGACAUCUCUUUGCUGGCUCAGUCGGGCCCCACGUCAGCUCAAAGUUCCGACCACCUCAUGACAGAAGGUGUCGGCUCUCAUCCAGCCAACACUAAAAGAUCCAGCCCGUCCGCAUCAAACGAGACGGUACAGCACAGGCAGCACAAGCCCGCUGCGUGGAGCAGCAGCCCCACGUCCACGGCGCCGGCCACCACCAGCUCCGGCCCACAGGACUUCUCUGUCUCCUCCUCCUACAUGGACGGAGCAGCCCUGUGGAGUGUGAGGCCCGCCCCCCUCACAAACACCCAGGGCUCUCCGAACAAGCUUGGUCAGGAGCUUCAGCUGCCACGGUGGUCCGGCGGCCCGGCGCCAUCGCAAAAGGAGCCGUCCACUCCUCCCAAAAAAGAGGACAGAAUUUGGGACUUGAGCAGUCCUAAAGUUUUACCUUCGACUGUUACUCCGCCAGAGAAGCCGUGGAACGGCUGUGAGCCGCCAAAGCCUCGGGCCUCCGGCUCAGCAGGGGCAUCCACCUCAGCUCAGAUUGACCAAAGCAGUGUUAAGCCAAUUCCCACUCCCGCUUCCCACGGGGUGGGGAACCCUUUAUUGGGCAUUCAAUCACCUCCAGGAAUUCCAAAGACUAUAAACUCCUCUGAGAAAUUAGUUAAAAACACAGACUUUCAGCUGCCGCAAAAGCAGGCGUCGGCGGGAUGGGCCGCCGUGCAGACGGCCACUCAGAAGGUUCCCAUCUCCAUCCAGUACGAGCCGCAUCGUUUUGGCCAGGGGAUGGGAACUCCAGUGUGGGGCUUCCAGAGUAAUGCUGUGGGUCCUCAGCCGCUGCUCUCAGCGCAGCUUAAAGCGGGCAGUGGGCAGGAGCUGCAGCAGCAGCCGAUGGUAACGGGCACUCAGAUCAUCAUAAACCAGCCCUCUCCCUUUUUCUCCCCUCCACUUGCUCCGCUCCCUCUUGCUUUGCCAGGCCCCCACCCUCUUCACUCCGUUGCAGUUGGCGCAAUUCCAAGACCCCCACACCCGAAUAUCUUUUUCACACCACAGGCGGUCCUGAGUGAGAGGCCGCACAUGCCCCAGACCCUGUCCCUACCUCAACUCGCCCCGCAGGCCGAGCCGCACAAACUGGGAUCCCGUUUGCCUUUUGCCCCGGAGCGGCUUCUCCAGUGCAUGAUAUGCGGGUGCACUCUUCCUCGCGAGCUGGAUCUACAAAUGCAUUACUUGCAACAUGCACAAGGGGAAAUAUGA